AUGGGAAAUAUACCGGCUAAAAGACAUCAUCACAUUGGCGAGUUAGGUUCAAGUGGAGUAAAUUCUAAAGCAAUGGCGGAAGAAAAUAAGGACGUUUCGAUGCUGGACGUGAGGGACGCUUCCAGGGAGGACAUCUCGCCCUAUGAGGGAACCGAUACAUCUUUGAGCCAUUCAUUGUCGCAGAUGAACAUCGAUGGACCUCCCGAGUUGGAAGCGCGUCCACCCCAGGUGGCAAGGCGGAAGUCGACGCUGAUAUUCAACGAUGACGAAGAUGAGAUCCCCCCCUAUUCGCAGCACCAAGAGCAUGGAACGGACGACCAGGCGGACUCGGGCGAUGAAAGAAAUAACUCUGGCGAUGGUAGCACUUCAAGUCUGAAUAGCGCCGGAGAUAUACGCGGUAGCAGUGUAGACGAGACGAAUAAAGAUAGCGGGGCUCGCGGCUCGCCGGCAGCUUCGGAGCGCAAAGGGCCGGAACAGGACGUGCAGCAGAGAGAACGUUCGGGGCUUCGAGAUUCCAUGGUCCCGGUCGAUAUAACUUGGCAACAGGGCGGUGAGAAAGUCUAUGUGACUGGUUCGUUCACGGGCUGGAGAAAGAUGAUAGGCUUGGUGCCGGUGCCAGGUCAUCCUGGGCUACUACAUGUGAAACUACAGCUGCCGGUUGGCACUCACAGAUUCAGGUUUAUUGUGGAUAAUGAGUUGAGGUUUAGCGAUUACUUGCCAACUGCGACCGAUCAAAUGGGUAAUUUUGUCAAUUACCUAGAGGUGACGGCCCCGUCGCAGGUUAGCAAGCCGCCGGCGAGUGGGCAACAACCGCCUCCUUACAGCUCCAGGAAGGAUAAGGACAAGACUACGCAUCCUGUAAGUGCGCGUUCUCGCAUUGCAUUGGAGAUCGAGAAGGAGCCCGAUGAGAUUGGUAAUGGAUUCACUCGAUUCCGUGAGGAACUGCCAGCAAAGCCCUCCCUAGAGUACACGCAGGACAUACCUGCUGUCUUUACGGAUCCCACCGUUAUGGAACAGUACUACCUAACGCUCGACCAGCAGCAAAACAACCACCAAAAUAUGGCGUGGCUAACUCCCCCACAGCUGCCUCCCCAUUUAGAAGACGUGCCGCUGAACAGUUACUCCAGCUCGCAGGGAGACAACAAUGAGAACAAUUCCGGUGCUCUGCCCAUCCCGAAUCAUGUCGUUUUGAACCAUCUCGCGACCAGCAGUAUCAAGCAUAAUACCCUGUGUGUCGCCUCCAUCGUCAGAUAUAAAAGGAAGUACGUCACCCAGAUCUUGUACGCUCCAUUGCCAUGA